UUCAGAAAAUAUUAUGACAGCCAGAAUGGUUCGCGCUCCAAGGAAACCCCGAGUCAGUAAUGCAAGGUUACGCUAUUACAUGAAAAUCUACCGACUCGCUGCUUCCCCUGAUGAAUCCUGGCUAGCUGCGAGUGACAAUCUUUGCCGCAUAUGCCUGUUCAAGCUGUCCGACUGCCUUUCAUCGAGUGCUUCCGAUGAGAGUCGGCGCCUUUCUCACUUCAUUCAACUACAGGAUGCGGUUUAUGCCAUGAAAACGGUUGAUCAGCUUCUGGUAUGCGGCGAUACGACUGGGCGUGUUUUCGCAUACGAUUGGGCGGAACUUGUGAAGAGGAGCGAAGUUGCACCGAAAACUGUGUUCAACUUUGGAGUUUUUGAUGGCACUCAGCCUGCAGUUGCUGGUCCACAUGAGGUUAAUGGUCUAUUGUAUUGCGCUGAGACGGAACGUCUUUACAUAGGUGGCGCAGCUGAUAAUGCGGUCAGGGAAUACGACAUAAAUGUUCCGAAUAAGUGUAUCCGCUCAUUUGCGGGUCACACAGCGACAGUUUGUGAGCUUGCGUCAGCUUCACACGAACAACUGCUGAGUGCUUCGGCUGAUGGCACAGUCAGAGUUUGGGAUGUCCGGAAGAAAACAGGAGGACAUGUGAUCAAAGUUGCUGACGAGGCAAAGGUGUCAAGACCGACUUUUGGUCGAUGCGUGUCGGCGCUGUCGGUUGACAACAAAUUCAUGGUGUGCGGAGGCGGAGUUAACCUGGGAAUAUGGCAUUUGGGAAUGUACUCUCUCGCUACUCCGAUGGAAGGAGCUAAUGUGCGCCAUCUCACUUGCGAAAUGACUACCGAUAAAAUUUUGACUGGCAGCAUGCACCCGAUCCUAUCGCAAUGGGACCAUUCGGGAAAGAAGCUAUCAGAUGUCGAGGGCCGUCCACAGUCCAUCUACAGUAUCCUGCAGACGAGCGCAGUUUCGUUUACGGCUGGAGAUUCGAGUCUCAUCGAUGUUUAUCUGAAUCUUGGUUACGUUGCGUUUUCAUUGGAUGCAUUGCCUUUGGAAUAAAUUAGUUCCGUUUUCGCAGGGGGGAAAACCACCUGUUGUGACGCGGGCGAGUUUUUUCCUCAGGUUAUGCGAUUCGGGCGUUGGUGAAUUGAAGGUCGCGACAUUUGAAUUUGAAUACAAUUUGGCUAGUAAUCUGUUUCCCAUGCUGAACCUGUUGUCAUGACCGUAUGUCGGAAUAAUAUUUAAUCAGGCGGAGACUACGACCGCUCGCUCGUCCUAUAUCUGUUGUGUUUAGUGAAAAUUCUGCCCCCAUUGUUUAGCCGAGUUGACUCUAUGGUUCAUACCAGUAGCGCAGGCGUCAUUCGAAGACGAGUACGAGUGGUGUACUUGACCGAUUUGCGUGGCUUCUUGAGUAUCCUUGAUUCAUGGUACUUCUUUUUUAUGGUUCCGUUUAGUCUGGAGUUUUUGUGUGUCCAUACCGUACCUCUUCUUGUUUUGUUUUUAGCGUAGGUUAGCUUGUAAAUAUUGUUUUGCUGUUUUCCUACUCAAGCACAAUGGAAAGUGUCAUUA